AUGAAUGUCUUUGGAUUGUCUACCGCCUACUGGUUCGACGUGUCGCUCAACGGACAAUGUCAAGCCACGGCUUCAACAGGGACGACACCUACAGCUACAGUGGAGAACCCGGAAGCAUUUACCACGAGUAUUACUCUCAAUGUUCAACAAUUAUGGGAUCUAUUCGUAGGACCCGUAGCAACCGCCGCAACCAAUAUCACCGUCUCCGCCACCCCGAUUCCAACAUCCGAACUUAUUCCCCCACCACCACUCUACUACCCUUCCUUUCCAACCGGUGCUCAAGUACCUUUGGCCCCAAAGAAUGAAUCGUGGAAAUUUCCCUCCGGAUUCUGGUGGGGUGUGGCUUCGGCUGCAUAUCAAAUUGAGGGUGCUGUUGCUGAUGAAGGUAGAGGUCCUAGUGUGUGGGAUGUUUUUACACAUAACGCUGCUGCAAAAAUAACGUUGUUUAAUGAUACGGGGGAUGUGGGAGAUAAUCAGUAUUAUUUAUAUAAACAAGAUAUUGCUAGAAUUGCAGCUCUUGGUGUUCCAUAUUAUUCAUUCUCGAUUUCUUGGUCUAGGAUUUUACCUUUUGGGAGGGGUCCGGUUAAUGAGCUUGCUUUGCAGCAUUAUGAGGAUCUAAUCGAUACUUGCAUUGAAUAUGGUGUUCAGCCCGUCGUGACAUUAUACCACUGGGAUCUACCUCUCUUCCUCCAAAAUACUUACGGCGGCUGGCUAUCCCCAAACAUCGUCGAAGAUUUCGUCGCCUACGCCAAAAUAGUAUUUUCCCGCUACGGCCACAAAGUCCCCCACUGGUUCACCAUGAACGAACCCAUCGUAUUUUGUACCUCAUACCCCUACCCCACCCACUACUUCACCCGCACCAGCAUCCCCCCCAAACAGCAACCCUACUACUGCGGCCACCACGUGCUCCUCGCCCACGCCGAAACCUACCACCUCUUCCAAUCCCUGUCCCUCCCCGGAACCCUCAGUUUCAAAAACAACGGCGGCCACAAAAUCCCCUUCUCAAAUUCCUCACUUGAUACCCUAGCCGUCCAACGCGCUUGGGAUUUCAACGAAGGCUGGUUCGCAAACCCCGUAUACAUCAAUGGAGACUACCCACCCCACCUCAAAACUUACCUCGACACUAUCCCCCUCACUUUUACCGCGUCUCAGAAAUCCCGCAUCAAUGGCACCGCUGAUCUUUUCGCUCACGACGCAUAUACAUCUUCCUAUUACAUGGCGCCCGAUUCGGGAAUCGAGGCCUGUACGUCGAAUUCUUCGCAUGAACUGUUUCCAGGUUGUUACAAUACGACGAAUGUGGGGGAAAACGGGUGGUUAAUUGGAGCGGCGGCGGAUCCGUUGGCGUCUUGGUUGCAUAGUGCUGUGGAUUGGGUUCCGGCGUUUUUGAAAUAUAUUCAGGAGACUUGGCCUAGUAGGGGGGGAAUUGUAGUUUCGGAAUUUGGUUUCGCAGAACCCUUUGAAUAUCAAAAGACUCUCCUCUCAGAUAUCCGCACCGAUACCAGUCGAUCCCUUUAUUACAAACAAUAUAUGGAAGCGAUCUUACUAGCUAUUAGCGAGGGGAUAAAUGUGGUUGGAUGUUUAGCUUGGAGUAUUAUGGAUAAUUUGGAGUGGAGGGAAGGUUACCACGUCAAAUUCGGAAUGCAGUAUGUUAAUUUUACCACGGGCGAACGAUUUUAUAAAGCAAGUUUCUUCGAGUAUGUGAAUGCGUUUGUUGUUUAUGCGGAGGAUGAGGUUGUGCCUGUUUUAGGGGGGGUAGAUUGA